AUGAAGAAAAGCCCACUGGUGAAGCUUGUGUGUUUUGGAGGCUUGUACAUUCUUCUUCCAGACAAUAUGGAAACUGAGGACCCAGAUUGCUUCUGGGUUGCUGUGAAAGGACGUGGACCUUACAUAGUUGAUGAAACAGAAUAUAAAAGCUUGCAUGCUGAAAUGAAUCUGUUCUAUGACAAGUCUCAAGAUACAGAUGAAGUAAAACCAGUAACAAUAGAAGAAGGCCAGAUUUGUGUGGUUUUCAGUGAGGAACUCAAAUGCUGGUGUAGAGCGGUUAUUAAGUCAAUCAUCUACUGUACAGAUCAUUAUCAAACAAAAUGUUUCUUUGUGGAUUAUGCCAAAUAUGUUUUUGUGAAAUCAAAGGACAUUCGAGUUGCACUGGAAGCCUUUAUUCAGAUCCCUUAUAGAGCAAAAAAGUGUAGGCUGUAUGGCAUAAAGCCAAUGACAUUGCAUAUCAGCUUUUACGAAGAUACUGCAAAAAUGAUACCAACCAACAGAUGGGAUAGUGCUGCUAUUGAAUAUUUUCAACACCUUCUCAAAGCAGCCACUGAAGUGAAAGUCCAGCUACAUGCUGUAGAAGAUAGCACAUACCAUGUCUUUCUUUAUGUGACCAUAAAAGAUGAAAAGGUGUGCGUUAAUGAUGAUCUUGCCAUAAAUAACUUCGCUGCGUUUAAGGAAGCUAUUGAGGAAAAUACAAGGAGUUCUGCAGAUCAUCAGAAGAACCAAACAUCAUUAAAUGCUGAUUUUUUUCCAGUGAAAAUUGUUAAUCCUGCACUUGCUUUCAGGCCAGUGUUGUUUCAGGAGAAGAUACCACCAAAUCCUGACAUAGAUCUCAUCUUUCUCAUAGAGACAUGCCAAAGGUUAAGCACAGAUUUAAAUGGAAACACUGCAUUUACUGUCAAAGCAAUUCCAAGUUUGCCUUUCAAGGAGGAUCCAGUGGUUCACAUAGAUGAGUAUGUUAAAUGUUUUAAAUGGUUAUCUAACCAGAGUUUUCCAAAUCUUCAUGAAGAAAAAAACUUUGUAUUUCUUAGCAACAAAAUUGAGCCAGUGUCACUUCUGGAAACAGCACCACUUUCCGAUGACCUGAAAAAGGAACUUACUCGGAAAAAAUUUGUGGGCCCUAACUUUACAGAAUCUUACUGCUGGCCCCCAGUAGCUCGAGGAUGUGAUGUACUUGCCAUCUCCUGGCAGGGAAAUGACCCUUUGGUGUAUAUUCCACCACUUCUUACACGUUUGCAGUUGGAAAGUUGCUACAAAGCCUUGCCGAAGAGGGAUGGUCCACUAGCACUCAUUUUAUGUCCUGGCUGGAAGAAGGCACAACUUGUGUUUGAGCUGCUGAAAACAUACAGGACGUGUUCUGGACAGCUGCAUCCAAUGUUGGUAAUACUUGGGCAGAACAAGGAAGCUGGAAGUGUGAAAAUACAAGGAUGUGAAGUCAUUGUGACCACACCAUGCAGCCUCCUGAGACUGUUUGAACAUCAGGGGCUGUUACUUUGUCGACUUUGCCAUGUAGUUCUUGAUGAAAUUGAGGUGCUGUUCUCUGAUGCUGCUGAGCAGGUUUUUGCUAUACUAGAUUGUUGCAAGAAAGCCUUUGGUGCUGAGAAGCUGGAGUGCUCCCCACAGCAGAUUAUUGCUGUUGGAACUCGCUGGCAUAAACACAUAGCACCCUUAACAGAGGAGUUUAUGAACGAUCCGUAUGUUGUGAUAACAGCAGUGGAAGAAGCUUCCAUCUAUGGAAAUGUGCAACAGGUCGUGCAGCCUUGCAUGAACAGUGAGAGAACUGCUGUGUUACUCAAAAUACUGGGGUGUACCCCCAGUGAUCUUCAGAAGGUACUGGUGUUCACUGAUUCUGUGAAUGAAGCAGAAAUGGUUCAUGAGGCACUGAAGAGCAGCUCAAUAACUUCCUUGAAAAUACAUAAAGAGAGCAAAUUUAAUUUCAAGUAUACGUUAGAGCAAUGGACGAAGAAGAAUAGCUCUGGCACUCGUACUGUCUUAGUUUUAACAGAUGAUUGCAUGCAGUCGUUGGGAAUUACAGAUGCAACUUGUGUGAUACAUUUCAGUUUGCCUUCCCCAAGAAUCCUUGGUCAGCGUCUACACAGCAUGUCUGACAGCUUCUGUAAUGUGGUAAAGGCUUCUGUAGCUCAGGAAUACACAAAGGCAAGGUCAGUAAUUCUACUAACGGAAAAUAAUGAAUGUCGUGCACUUGAGAUCCUGCAGUUUUUGCAGCAUGCAGGAGCUGAAAUUCCACCAGAACUGCACAGUUUUACUGCCAAGAUGCUGGAAGCUGAAGAAGAAAAGAAACUUUCAAGGCCACUGUGUGCCUAUCUUAAAACAUUUGGGAUUUGCAAGAAUAGAACAACAUGUCCAGAUCGUCAUCAGAUUAAUGUGCAAAUAGAUGUUGCCCAGAAUAUCUUGGAUGAUAAAAUCACCCAGCUGCCUGGAUGUGUGACAAUCCUGCCUCUCAACGUUGUAAAUGCAACAAACUACUUUGGCCGAAUAGUAGACAAAGAAAAGGACCAAUACACAAUUCUUGCUGAAGAAAUGAAGGAGUAUUUUGAGAAACCUAGUAAUAAAAUUUCUGCUACCACUGUGCAGAAGCUAGGGUUUUAUGGAUUGUGUGAGCAAGCACUUUUUCACAGGGUUCAGGUAGUAGAGAUUUCACCAAAAGAGGAAGAAAACUUGGUCUUCAAUGUCAAAAUUAAAUAUAUAGAUGAAGGCAGAACAAGUCAAGUUCAGAACUAUCAUCUGCUUCACUUACCUGCAAAGUUUCAGUGUCUUCCACCUCAGGCUGUGGAAUUUGUGCUUUGUAGAGUGAAACCCAUUGAUAAUGAGCUUGAGUGGAAUCCAAAGGUAACUCAUUAUAUUAAUCAGAAAAUUAAAGGAAAACUGCAUGAAGCAAAAAUAGUACAUACCUUGGGAAAUACAGCCUGGGUUGACCCAAUGGUCCGGGUCACCAGGAUUCCUGCUUUGAAGAUAACCGUCAAUGAAUACAGCGUUCGAGCUGAGAUCUUGUCUACAGGUCUGGGAGCUGACAAUCCCGAACACAUAACACAGCUUCAGAAGUUGUGUGGACACAUGAAACUAUUGGAUUGUGCAGAAAACUUGGAGCCUUUAGGCAUAAAGGAGGGUACAAGUGGUCCAGAAAGCACAUCCAGUCCUCAGAAUGUGUCAAUACAAGAAAAAUCUACUGAAAAUUGUAAUUCUUCUGGAAUUACUGUUGGGAAUAAUUCAUCUGAUGGUGUAGCUGAAACUAAGGAAGCAGAAGAGAUGACUCUGCAUCAGCGUAAAUGCUUUUAUCCAGAAAUAAAGUGGUUUCAAAAUGAAGAGACUGUUACAGUGAAGGUAAAAAUAGCGAGGGCAGCUGACUGUAAAUGUGAGUUCUCUAAAGAGAAGGUGGUUUUCAGUGCUUGUUCAGGAGACAAACUUUAUUUGGCUGAUGUGGAGCUACAUCGAUAUAUACUUGCAGAAAGGUCUACCUGUGUGAUUAAGGAUAAAGAGGUUAUUAUUGUUCUCACAAAAGAGAAAAAAGGAGCAUGGUGCAAAUUACCGAAGAACAAGAAUCCUCAUGUGUCCUUUGAUUUUGAACACUGGGAAGAACUGGAAGAUGAAACCCCUUUUCCAGUUGGUAAGGAAGAACUGUAUUGCACUGCUACAGUACCUGAAGAGCUGAGUGACUACUCAGAAGACAGUGGAACAGAAGAUGAUGAGUAA